AUGAAGGACGGCGAAUUUCCGGGAGCACCACCUCAUCCGUCACUCGUUGAAAAGGAUCCAGCUGUAAUCAAAAAUGUGGAUGAACGUGUAUUAUAUGAAAAGGAAAGUCAGCAAUGGGUUUUUGAACGGAAGGAAGAAGAACAUACCGUGGAAUAUGUUUACAACUUUAUAGUACAGCAAUGGGUUCCACGACCGGAUUUGCAAUCGCAGAAGGAGAAUGAUGAGUCUGUUAAUAAGCAGGAGAUUAAAAAGGUGAAAAAGGAGAAAAUACAAGCAAUGAAGGACGAAAUACAACGGCUCCGAAAUGCUGAAAAAUCAAGUGCACCCUCAACGUCAGGUGUCUUUGUUAGCAAGCUUCCAUCUGAUGUUACGUCGGACGAGCUCUUUGAGAUCUUCAGCAAGUACGGUGUUAUAGCGGAAGACUUCAAGACAAAUCGUCCGCGAAUAAAGCUCUAUUAUGAUCAAGGUCAGUUUAAGAAUGAAGCAUUGGUGAUAUAUCACAACAAAGAAAGUGUCUACCUCGCUAUAGACAUGUUAGAUAACUCGAAAAUCAGGUCCUCGAAGGAACUGGAACCUAUCAAGGUAGAGCCUGCUGCAUUUAGUGAGGAAAGAGAUCUGGAGAAGGCUCCUAGCAGAGUACUUACAGCUGAAGAAAAGCAAUUAUUGCACAAGAAGAAAGAAAUGUUAAAGCAAAAGGUCUCUAGUUGGGACGACGAGGAUCCUUCUGCGGUUGCGGGAAGAGCAGAGCAGAUCCGCCAACGGAUAUGGAAAAAAUCUUUGGUAAUAGAGAACAUGUUUCGAGUGGAAGAACUCAAAAAUGAUAAAUACUUGGAGUCUGAUAUUAUAGAGGAUAUCAAGAGCGAGUGUGAUAAAUACGGCAUUGGGUCUUCUGUGACAAAAGUGUCGUUUUUUGACGUCGAAAGAGUGGUAGUGGUUCGAUUUGAUCUGAUAGAGGCAGCAAGUCAAUGUAGAUCGGCCUUUGACGGACGGUACUAUGAUGGGCUAAAGAUACAUGCUCGUGAGUACGCUGGGGAGAAGUUUUCGUCUAAUCAUAAAAUAAUCGGGAGAAAUGAGCCCUAA